AUGUACGGGAACGAUGUAUGCCCAGCUGUCGAGGCGAGCGGACACCCACCCACGGCCAGGGGCCCAACGAUAGUGCGCAGCACGAUCGCCUAUGUGGCGGUGAGGGAGAUGUCGGAGGGUGGUGAUGAUGGUGGCGCCUACCGAGGCAAGAAACGUCAACCUGCCGCGGCCGUCACCACGACCGCUACCGAGCCCGGGCCCGCGACGAUCUGCACCAUGACGAGGCCCACGGCGAUGCCGGUGGCGCGAGGAGACUGGCCUUCAGAGUGCGGCGAUGCUGCGAGGGUCUGGUCGCUAGACGAUGCCGCCUUUCUGCUCGUGCUGUUGCUGAGCGAUGGGAACGUCAAGUUUACAGAACCGCCAGUUAAGCACCACAAUGUCAGUGGGCUCUUGGUAAAGGGGAAGUAG